AUGUCGAUAGUGGCCGAUCAGGUCCGCCGUCUAGACACACGGAUUGACCGCGUCUCUCUGGUGCCCCUGACACACGGGCCGGAUCACGAUGGAGAGCUGCAAGCUGUAGACGCCGCCACUGCUGCUUCGGCACUCACCUCGCCCCGCGUCAACGAGCUCCUGGGCAUCGUCAAGGCGCUGUCAUCUGGCUCCGUCUCGGGUGCCCACCUCUCGUCCCCACGGAUCCAGAGGCUACUGCGGCAGUCCGGCUUGACGGGCGAGCUGCCGUCCGUCGAGUCGUUAGAGGCAAAGAGCCAGUAUGAGACUGACGUCGAGUGGCUGCUGGUGGGCAAGGCCACCGUGCAGACGUAUGGCCUCCUGAUGAGCACCCUGCUUGACCAGAUCCUUCCGCUGAGCGACGACAUCUGGUACUGGGACGAGGUAUUAGGCUCGUACUCCCACAGCUUCUUAUACACGGUGCAGACGUCGCCGUUGCGCAUGUGGAAAUGGUCCAAGGACGUCUACUAUGAGAGCGUGGAUCGCUUCCAACGGCUGUAUCGAGAUGAGAUUGUCGGACAGGCAUGGGAAGCAGAAGAGGUGUCAUCGGCACCGCACGAUGCGAGCGGACAGCGCCGCAAGCCCCAAGGAUUCAAGUCCUUGUACCCUUACUUGUCCAGACACUGGCGCCAGUUCUAUGGCAUUGUAAGGCAAAGCGUCGCUGACCGAUCCAUCGCGGAUAUCCAGCGCAAGAUUCUCUCCCGCGUGGACAUUGGCCGUUCCGAAGCCCGGCAGAAACAGAAACGGCUGCGGAGACUCCGGGAGAUGACGGCGACUGGACUAGGCGUGCUCUUGGACGAGGGACUCAACUUCGGCAUCACCGAGGAGACAUAUAGCGACGAGUGGAAGGGCAUGCUGGAGCGGAGCGUCGCCCUCAUGGACAUGAUCCUACAGAGCGUCCUCUUUUUAGACCUCUCCGUCUCGGAAUUCGAGGACAAGGUCUUUGCAGGCGUCGAAGAAGACCCUGAAUUGUCGAUCCACAUUGAGGAUUGCCAUCCGGCCGAGAGGCCGGCAGUCCUUGCGCGGCGGCUGCUCGGACUGCUUCAAAAAGGAUUACCGAACCAUAGUGCCGCCAUGGCAGGCCUCGCUCGCCAGAAUGGACGGCCGUCAAGGCUUGUCAGAUACUGGCUGCCGGCAGCGGCCCUCCUUGUAUCCUCCUCUACAAUCCUGCGCAUACUAGUCAACAGGCAACAAGACAUCGUUAACUGGAUUCGAGACUUUGGCGCGACCACACGCGACUUCUGGUUCAACUGGGUGGUGGACCCCAUCCGCAAGAUCAUCGGCACCAUCCGGCACAACUCCAACAGCGAAAUCUCCGUCAUGAGCCGAGAUAGCCUGAGGGCGGACCGGGAAAGCUUGGAGCGUAUGGUGGUGGAGUUUGCGAUGGAUAAUCCCGACAUCGCCGUGGGAAACCCGUCCAUCACCGAGCACGAGAUUGGCGAGAUUCGGUCCAGAGUGAAGGAGGGAGACGUUACACCCGUGUUGAAGGCAUACGAAAAAGACCUGCGUCGGCCGAUUGUGGGCGCUGUAAGAGGGGAAUUGGUACGGUCGCUGCUUAUCCAGGUGCAGAAGACAAAGGUCGACCUCGAGGUGGCCAUCAGUGGCAUUGAUGCGCUGCUCAAGAGCCAGGAGUUAGUAUUCGGCUUUGUCGGGCUGACUCCCGGCAUCCUUGUCUCGAUCGGAGUUAUCCAGUAUCUCAGGACCCUCUUCGGCAGCCGGAAGGGCCUGCGCCGGGGACGGCGGGUCAGACGCAGCGUGCGGGUGCUGCGUAAGAUUGACAGGAUACUCUCCGAGGCGACCACGUCGCAAAACAAUAUCAUCUCGUACCGAGACCAUGGCCUUCUUGUCUGCGAAGUCCACGUUCUCCGAGGGCUGGCCCAUGACGCGCUCCCUGGCGAUGUCGAGAAGGAGUUCAUCGAGGACCUGGAUGAAUUGGCGAAUCUGAAGGGAAUUCAGGUGCAGAUGAAGGCGCUAGAGAGGAUACGGUGGGCGUACGCCGAGUGGUUGGGGGGAAUGAGGUAG